AUGAUUAAGAUUAUUAUAGAAAAAUUCAACAUUGCAUAUGUAAAAAGACUCUCCAUAAUGAUAUAUCGCACUCCCAUAUUCACAUAAACUACAAUAAAUUAUAGGAUAAAGUAACAAAAAUAUCUUAAUCAAACAUUUGAACCACAAAAUAUCUUAUUAGGAGUGGACAAAGAGAAUUUGAAGAUAUUUUUAAUAGAUCUUGGGAUUAGCAAAAUUUAAAGAGAUUCAAAUAGAAUGUAUAUAUAAUUCAAAGAUCAAAAAUCCUUUUUAGGUAAAACUCGAUAUGCUUUGAUACCAGCACAUAUGGGACAUAAAUUGGGGCGUAAAGAUGAUUUUAGAAUCUUUGAUGAAUGUCGUUUUGUAUUUUUUGAAUGGAUAGUUACCUUGGCAAAAUAUGAUUGUUUAUAAGAUGAAGAAAGAGCAAAGAAAGUUGGAGAAAUGUAAUUGUCUAUGGAACAUGAAAUAUUUAAAGAUUAUUGUAUAGAAUCUUAAUGCAUUUUUGAGUAUCAUUCAAAUUUCUAAUUUAAAUUGCAUUAGAAGACUAGAAUUAAAAUAAGAGCCAAAUUACAAAAUGAUAGUCUAAUAAUUUAGAAGAGCAGAUGA